CAGAUGUUUAACCCAGAUGCCUAGAUGCAGUACGUUAAAGGAGAAUCGUGCACAAUAACACCGGGAGUGUCUAUUAACAAGAUGGUUGGAGAAGGGAGGAGAGACUUUUGGUACGGGAACAAUAGGUCAUAUCUGAGCAGGACACUUUCACCUUCAGAAUGAGAGCCAAGCAUUUCCCAUUCAACUACAGCUGAAACGUCACAACACAAAUGAUGCAUCCUUCAUCUGUAUACUAUUAUGAUUUCAGUGGAACAUGCGGAAGAGUGUCAGGGAGCAUUUGAAACCCUGCUGCAAAAUCCCACUGAUUUCAUAUGAAGAGAAGACAGCUCUGACAGCUGACGUCAGGCUGCAAACAAAUGCCGUUUUGUUCUGCAUUUCUGCCUGAGGUACCAUCGCUAAUGGCUGCAAGACCAUUCGAGAUCUACAGCUCCAAGUGCACGUAAAUGCAUCACAAUGCCUUCAAAAGUGUCAUGCCUCUACGUGUUGACGGUCGUUUGCUGGGCCAGCGCUUUGUGGUACUUAAGUAUAUCCCGUCCCACGUCGUCCUAUGUGAGCCAACUGUCCGUCCCGGCACGUAAAACAGCGAAAGCGCACAAGAGCAACGCCACCACAACCUUUGGCAACAUCCGGACGCGUCCGCUGAACCCCCACGCCUUCGACUUCAUCAUCAACGAGCCCAAGAAAUGCGAAACGAAUGUGCCCUUCCUCGUCAUCCUCAUCACGACCACGCACAAAGAGUUCAAUGCCCGCCAAGCCAUCAGGGAAACGUGGGGCGACGAAAGCACCUUCAGCGACCUCCGCAUCAUUACGCUCUUUCUUCUGGGACGCAGCACGGACUCAGUACUCAACCAAAUGGUGGAGCAAGAAAGCGAGAUCUUUCACGACAUCGUAGUGGAGGACUUCAUCGACUCGUACCACAAUCUCACUCUCAAAACGCUGAUGGGAAUGCGCUGGGUGGCCACUUUCUGCAACCAAGCCAAGUACGUGAUGAAAACCGACAGCGAUAUCUUCGUGAACAUGGACAACUUGGUGUAUAAACUCUUGAAGCCGGCCACCAAACCUCGACGGAGGUACUUCACGGGAUACGUCAUCAACGGCGGACCCAUUCGGGACAUGCGCAGCAAGUGGUACAUGCCCAGAGACCUUUACCCCGAGAGCAAGUACCCGCCAUUUUGCUCCGGCACUGGGUACGUGUUCUCAGCGGACGUUGCAGAGCUCAUCUACAAGACGUCCUUGCACACCAGACUCUUGCAUCUGGAGGACGUUUAUGUCGGGGUGUGUUUGAGGAAGCUGGCCAUUCACCCGUAUCAGAACAGUGGCUUCAAUCACUGGAAAAUGGCCUACAGUCUUUGCAGGUACCGUCGAGUCAUUACCGUACACCAGAUCUCCCCUGAGGAGAUGCAUCGUAUCUGGAAUGACAUGACCAGCAAGAAGCAUCUCAAGUGUUAGUGGGAGCUGCCCGAGGAUGUGUAUUUGUGCCCUUUUUUAAAUCCCCAUGGCGCACAGAUAGGACACAGAGCCUUGGGACAAACUGUAGUUCUUUCUUAGAAACACUUACUUCCUUCUGGGGCAUGUCAACGAUUUCGAAACACGCCAAGCCCAUCGUUUGAGCUCGUUGAGAACCGGUUGGGAAAUGUGCAAUUCGUGUUUAAUAUUAUAACUGUGCCAGUCUAAAACUAGUGAAGGAGUUUCUUUUGGUUCAGAUGCACAGCGUUCAGUUUUCUUUGCACAUUAUUCUGGUUGUACAAAUGAAAGUACCAUUGCUUUGUUUACUGUAUGUGGAAGCGCCUGCUAUUAUUUGUUAACACGUUCAGAAACCUCUUUUCUUGAAAAAGACAACGGCGAUGUAUAGCUCCUUAUUUAUAAGUAUAAAAUUAUUUUCUUACUCCUAGAAGUUGAACAUCAUUGCUUCAGCACAGCUAAUGUUUGUAGUUAUACUGUAAAUCUGUAUAUCUAAAUUCAUUAACGCUUGGUAUCAGGUGUCAUUUAGUGAGUAUUUACUGUACAUGGUAAACCUGUAGAAAAAUACUGUGUAAGGAACGCAGUGUAAACGUGGAAUAUAAUGAACUUGAAAGUGAUUUUUUUUUCUUCUUCUCUGGAAUAUGAUUUCAUAGAGGCCAAAAUGUGAUUCAUAUGUUUCUUUUGUUGUCUGGAGUAAUUGAGGGGACGCGUGACAUUAAACUGUGAAAACAAAAAUGCAUAUAUUAUUCCCCAUGGGUACUAUUGUAUUAUACUGUGUAUUUUUACAUGACAAUAUAUAACAGCGUUUUUUUUUUUUUUUUUUUUCGUAAGCGUUGAUCUUUUUAUUUGUAUGUUUUGCUCAUUUAUAUUCAAGAUUCUAAAGGGAUAAUAAAAUAAUUUACUCAA